GAAAUGUGCGAGUUCCAGUGUGCGCUGCCUUGUGCUCGUCUCCUUUAACAUUGUGAGAGGCUGCCGCGUCACGGCCCAUGCAUCAUCCGACACACAUCACAUCUCAUGUGGAUCCCGAACAUAGUGCACCUCCGCCGCUUCAGCAUGCUCUUCACCACGGCGCAUUUCAUAAUCGAGCACUGAAGUCCCUCUGCUGUCUACGCUGAUCGCCAUUUCAUUCUUCAGAAUAUCGGAUUGCUUUCAAGAUGUCGCUGGCCGCGGUGGUGCUGCCGGUCCUCUCCCUGAUCCUGUCCUCUUGGCCGGUGAGUGCCAACGAGGACUGCCUGUGGUACGUUGACAAGAACGGCACGUGGCACAACGGCUUCGACUGCCCCAUGAUCACCUCGUGCUGUGGGAACUGCCACCGCCGCUACUGCUGCCUGGACCCCUUCAAGAUGAUCACCGAGCGCGAGCAGAAGCGAUGCAUGCUCUUCCAGUUCAGCCCCACCACCAUAGCGGGUAUCGCCUCUUCCAUCCUGCUGUUUGUGGCCAUAAUCGCUACCAUGGUGUGCUGCUUCAUGUGCUCCUGCUGCUACCUGUACCAGCGCAGACAGCAGAGGGGACGCACGCCUUACGAUGAAUCACAGGAAGCCCAGCAGAUCCCCAUGGCCAGUUACCCCGUGGAGCCCAUGUACGACGCCUUUGGGAAGCCCGUGGGGCACCCGGACUACCUCCACCCCCACAUGGGGUACCCUAUGGCCCCCCAGUACCACCCGGGCAUGCCUCAGCAGUACCCAAUGAUGCCACAGCACUACCCCAUGAUGCCACCCUACCACCCAGCAGACCCCAGCUACAGCCAGCAGCCUCCUCCUCCCUACUCCCCGCCUCAGUAUCCUGGCCAUUGACGGAGAGGAGGUCUCACACACACACACACACACACACACACACACACACACACACACACACACACACACACACACACGCGGCGACAGAGAGGGCAGCGCUGGAGCUGGUGGUGUGAAUCUGUCGGUCCUCUGGCUCUGCGGAUUUAACCCUUUGGUUUCUAUUUAGCUCUAAUCUAUUUAUUUUAUUGAUUAAUGUAAGGAAUGACGCAUGUGUACGCCUCGGCUGCUCUCAGACCGUGAAGAGAAUCUGGACUGGCCUGGAAGUUCAUCGCCGGGGAGAUUCGCCAGUCUGGCUUCUCCCUCAAACAUGGUCUCUGACGCAGGGGCGACUCUUUGGACUGUUUUGGGUGUUUGUUUGUUUGUGUUGAAGCAUUUAUAGUUGUUCUGUCAGGGGACUGUGUCUGAAUCAGUCCGAAUCCCAAUCUCUCCAGACCCUCUGUGUAAGGAUGAGCUGUGAUUCCCUCUCUGGUGUGAAGCUCCGCCCCUCUUGUAUACAGCUAACACUCCAAUCUAAAAGGACUUGUAGUGCGCUGAAGGUAUAGACUGUAUUUGGUGCGCUGAAGGUAUAUACUGUAUUUGGUUUCUUUAUGUAUGUCCCCAACCCCUGGAAUCUAACCUGUGGCCGAGGUGUUGCUCACACCUUGAGCUACCUGAACCCAUCACACACACAACCCCAAGUCACAGGGUCAUAUUCACACGCACACGCACACACGCACACACGCACACACACACACACAACCCCAAGUCACACCACACAAUACCAUUCUUUGCAGUUAUAGGUUAUAUUCCCCUCUCUCACACACACAGGCACGCACACAAACACAUGCACUGACACACGCACACACACACACACACAUGCGCACGCACACACACACAUGCCCUCACACGCACGCACGCACACACACCUACCCUCAAACACCUACCCUCACACAAUGGGUUAAAGUGUGUGUGAUUUGGUGAUGGGUUCAGAAGCUUGCCUCAGUGUCACGUUUCAGUCUAGCCAAUCACAGUGCUGAGCUGUGGUCACCUGAUCCCCUCCUGCCUGCUCUCAUAUCGCCUUACUGCAGUAGACCACAUCCAUUCAUUUAUUCAGCUGUAAAUAGUUUAUUUGACAAAGAUAAUGAUAAAUACUAAAUAAUGAGAUUUUACAGAUAAUAUCAGUGGUGCUGGAGCUGUGGGUCGGUGCUUGUGCGUGUUCUUCCGUUCCGUGGCGUUUUCUAGAACAAGUGGACGUCCUCCGCUCUCGUCUCUCAUGCUGCACACUGCUGUGUAGCGUUAGCAUGAGUGGAGAUGGGGGCAGAAGAGACAGCAGUGUGUGGAUGAAGCAUCCUUGUAUUGUACUGAUUUAAACAUGUUCAGCACCAGCUUCUUUAAAGGGUUAUGGCCUACACUCUAAACACAGUCUGAUCCACAUCUGUGAAUAAGUCGGAGUAUUUCUUUAAUCUUUAAUCUCUGAGGUGUGUGGACUUACUUACACACCCUACUGAAACCUUCGGAGGAGAACUGAAUGGGUCCCGCUGAGAUAUUUGAAUCUAAUGCAACAUCACCACCUGCAGGCGUGUUUGUGCACAGCAACCUGCCCCUGCCCAGGUGUGCGCUGUGAGGACGAGCUCCGUGUGUUCCCGCUCUCCGUGUAUUAGUCUUGUUUUUUGAUGAUAUAAGUCCGCCAUUUUGUAUUAUAACAAUACUACAUAUCAGAGCGCACUGCAAAAAAGACUUAACUUUUCUUCUACCCAUUGGGGCUCAGUCUGAUUUUGGAAUAUCUGCUGUGUCUGAUUUGAUGGCCUCUCUUCCUAGACGUCUCCUCUCCUCCUAGACGUCUCUGCAGACUGGAUGAAGAAUGAAUUAGUGUCUGUACAUUCUAGUGAUCAUGCGUCUUACACUGAAUAGUUAUAAAUGAGAGUGAUUAAUUAAAUAUAAAUCUUAAUAGUUAUAAAUUAAAUAUAAAUCUUAAUAGUUAUAAAUGAGAGUUAUAAAUCGUAAGAGUUUCACAGAGCGAGAGAGGGGGAAAGGGACCCGGCUCUGUUCUGCACAGACGAGAAGCGUCUGGAGAGUCACUGGGGGCUGAGGCCUGGUCUGGUCCAACCUGAUCUGCCCCCAAAUCACCUGCCAUCAGGAGUGCUGUGUUGGGCUCUACAGAACCAUAGCUGUGUUGGGCUCUCUACAGAACGGGUGCUGUGUUGGGCUCUACAGAACCAGUUGGGCUCUACAGAUCCAGUGCUGUGUUGGGCUCUACAGAACCAGUUGGGCUCUCAGGUGUUGUGGUGAUGAUGGUGAUGGUCUGUCUUGUUUUUGCGACCUGUGAGGCUACAUGUGAAAGGUCGUGUUUUGCCAAUAAUUUUAAAUCUCUACAAAGGAAUGUAAAACGAGGCAGCUUCCCUGGUCACUGCAGACUCCGGUUCUGGCUGCAACUUGACCCACAUCUGGGCCAGGUCCGGACCAGGUGGAGUUCAGCGUCAGCUGUGUGUGCUGUAGAGUGAGCUCAGGCCCAGGUGUGUGUGCUGUACCUGUGCGAUAAGGGGACUCCUCUGGCCAUGGGCGGGGGAUGAUGACAUAACCACAAACCUCAGCAUUAACAGACUGGAUCUAAUGAAGAGCUUCGAACGCAAGACUUUGACCUUUGACCCCGCUCUGGAUAACCACCCCCUUUGAAAUAAAUAUAUUUGCUCUUGUA